AUGGAUGUGGAUUUAAUUAAUUCCGUGAGUUUAUCAAAUAUGCACUGUGCUGCGAUUAAGAAUAAUGUGCACACUACGCCAAGCCUUAAUUUUUCCUCAGUUUCGCUGUUUGACAAAUCCGAAGAUAUUCCAACUCAGGGACUUACGCUCAUGCGGACUAGGAAUGAUAUCAGCAGCACUACUGAGAACAGACAAUUGACUCUAUUUCCGGGGCCCUAAAGUGUAAUUUUGUGAGUAUUAAAUCGGACGGUUUGUUUCGGUAGUGCUUCAUUAUGAUCAUUUGCAUUCGGAAAGUAUUAUAUAUAGGCGGGUGUAAUUCCCCUUGAGCGUUGCAUUUACCCGACCACAAAGCGGCAGAAUAAGAAAUAAUCGAUAUCCCAAACUUAGACACCCGCUGACUGCUGCUGGGCUCAGACAAGCUAGAUUAAACCCAACAAUACCGACAGAAAUAUGUGCUUAUGCCAAAUAUCGUAGCACUUUCCAUACACGUCUAAAUUUACAAAAACCAAAAUACAGGGAAUGCGCAAUUCCUGCAGCGUAGAUUUCCGUCCUCAUAGAUGAGCAUUAUCAUUAGUCUAUGCAGAAAUUUGCUUGUAAUGAUGAGUGACUGCCGCGCAUUUUUCCUAACCCCUACUUCCGACUCCCACUUUCCAAUGGCAUGACAAUGUUACGGGAAGGCAGGUGAGUGACCUGCGCAUGUAACGGCCGUUGUGCGUGCCCGCGUCCACCUCCGGUCAUCUCAAAAUGAUCUUGCUAGUGGAGCAUAGUGGAUGAAAAGAGAGUGUAGUGGAUGUUGUGUAAGCCCGCCUUACUAUAAACUAAUCCGUGGGCAAGUCGGCGGCGCAGAGACCACGAACCCAUGGGACACGCAGCGGACGUCGUCGGCUGUGAUGGUCGGAACGUCAUACAUCGAAGAGUCUUUGCACCUUACUCAAGGGGCAAUACCUUGAAGAAUAAGAAGUGCAGUGCGUGACCGAUCUCAUGAAAUGUUGGCCGAAAUUCUGGAAUGCGUUCUCAAUUUGGAAGUUUAUCUUAUGUGGGGUUGAAAGAUUGAUUAGCAUGCAGCGUAAUGCAAUAGCAUUUUAAACUCAUCGGGAUGUCGACUUUUGGAUGCACUACAUUUUGACCUCUUGCAGAAAGAGUAUCCGGUACAAAAUGACUACUUAUCUGUCAGGCAUUUUUCCAAUUGAUUUUCGAUGGUCAUAUAAAUUCGAAAAUAUUAUAUCAAAAGCAUACACACAACAUGCUCUCUUUUACUUAUUUGGAGAAAAAUCAAAUUUUCUUCAUAUUUCGCAUCCGCAGAAUUUGUACAUUCAGGUUUUAAAAAAGUUACCAAUUAUGAGAUGUUUGAGACCAUGCGAUGACCAUACGUGCACGACCGCACACGUCCGUUUACCAUUGCUCUUCAUGAUAUGUAUAACGUAGUACGCAUUCAUUGCAAGAAUGUAUAAACUCUUUAGGGCACUUUCUUGAUAUCAAAGAGGAAUAUGCUAUUUCUCUUACGCGGAAAGCAUACAUCUUGUUGACUGGAGUCGCUAUACGCUAACAGUAUGGCAGAUCAGGCUCGAAAUUAUUCGGGAAUUAGGAGGCCUUUUUGAGAAAUACGAAGACAAUUUGAUUUUCUACAAAUAAGUAAAAGAAAGCGUGCGUGUGCAUGCUUUUUAUAGAAAAUAUUUGAAUUUAAAAAACCAUUGGAAAUCAAUUGGAGAAAUGCAUGCCAUAUAUGUCGUCCUUUUUUACCGGAUACUCUUUCUGCAAGAGGUCGAAAAGUAGAGCAUCCAAAGGUCUACAUCCUGAGGAGUCCACAAUGCUAUUAUUUCGCCUCAUGCUGAUCAAUCUUACGACUCCACUUUAGUAAUACUUUCUAAUCGAGAACGCGUUCCAGAAUUUCGGCCAAGAUUUUAUAAGUUCGGUCACGCACUGUAAUAGUCGUAUACAUCCCAGUGCGGGUGGGGGGUGCCACGGUUUAAUGCCCAGCUAGGAUUCUUCCGCGCCACGGCUUUCAACGCAAUUUAAUAUAACUUUGAAGCAAAUAAAAAACGGAGAAUAACCACAGGACCAAUCUGGUUCGCUUUUUUUUUCCCAUUGCUUACCAGAAAUAAGCCCAACCCCGAACAAAUGACCGUGAAUUUUCGGCAUAACAGGUGACCAGAGACAAAGAAUCAGUUGAAAUUUAUCACACGUCUAUGCGGAGCCUAGUUUAAGCUAAGAGAACACUGCGGUAUGUUAUGUGGUAUAAGCACGUGCAUACGGAUACAAUUUAGAUAGACACAAUCUGCCUCAAUAUGUGCUCAAAUACCAUUGUGGAAUGAACAGUAAACUCUAUUGGCUUAAGAUCAUUAUAAUUAGAAACGAAAGGUGGUAAUUCCUUUAUAAGAUUCAAAGACCACUAGCAGUCAGCAAUCGUAAACACGAAUUAACAUUAAAUGGACAAAGGGUACCUAUACUCUAACUGCCAACUGUUAAGAGACUGAAGUUGAUAUCUGAUAUAAAUGAAGGCUUUUGAAAUUCGAAUUUGAUUCGAUUAUUAAUAAUACACAAAUAUGAAAACCAGUCUCUAGACAAUCCUUUGCAGGUGCUAAAAUUUUUGCCACAAAGCAUAUUGACUUUUACUCCAUUACACGAUUAAUUUAUCUGUCGUAGGUAUAUUUAAAAAAACGUGCAAUUUUUCCAACACGAUUAAUGUCAUUACUUCGUCUAACUAACCUGCUGCAUGUAUGACCGUACUUGGUUUCCACCCACCGGGCCACCUGAGACUUUUGCAAGAGAAUAGUCGGUACCUUUAAAAAAGCCAUCGGAAGUUUUUUUAUUUACCAGAAGAACUACUUUUUGACUUUCUCCAUCUUCUAGUUCUACGAUGCCACCGUUAUGCAUGUCAUCGAUGAUCUGACUCAGUUCAUCGUGAUCAUCAUGCGAGAAAGGCUCUCAAGUAAUGAAACUCUCCUGGACAUGCUCGCACUCGGCGAACCCUUGCUCGAGAAGGAUCACGAUCUACCUCCGAAAGAGCGUUUUAUGGCGCACGGCGGAAUGGUAAGAGUGGCGAGAGCCGUCUCCGAGAAGAAUCUGCGUGAAGGUUGGGUGAAGAAGACGAGGAUCUCGAGACCGGACUAUCCCCUAGUCAUGUGCGGACACGGUCGGGGAGCGGGGCUGGUGUCCUUCAUGUCUGUUCUGCUUACAACCCAGUAUCGCGAACUAAAAGCCUAUGCAUUUGAGCCAACUGGUGAUCUAAUGAAGUAGGUCCAAAAGCAGUACUUUGAAAAUUUGAUUUGGACAAUUAGUGUGUCUGUUGUGGGAGAGUACGAUUAUUUUUUCCGUCGUAUGUCCGUGUCGGAAUGUCAGAGCAUUCAUUUGCAACAUUUAACUCUCAACAGCUCUGAACAAUAAUUUUCAUAGACGGGUCAAAUAGUAGGAUGCAUGUGAGUAGCGAACAGUAGCGUGAAUUAAUAUGACACGUCGUUUGGCGCAGAGAGACGUGGGAUCACUAAAUAAAUGGCCAAAUUUCUUAUAAAGUAUUUUGAAAUUUCUUAACAUAAAACAGCAUUUUCCUUUUAAUCGGGGACAGGGAGAAAAAGGAAUUGCGGGCUAGGUUCUCUCGGUAUAUAGGGAACUACGCCGUGAUCCGGAACAAAAACUUGAUUCAUAAGGCAUUAUGUGUCUAAAAUAUUCAUCUCUGCUCUCGGACCGAUAGAAAAAGUUUGCACUGAGGGAUUUAAUCGAAUAAGGUCUAUUCAAUUAUGGGAAGGCUAAAAGGCUGAAAGGUAAAAGAUCUCGAAGUAUUUCAGAACCUUUCGUUAGAGCUAUGUCCAAGUAGCAGGAGCAAAAGAAAUAACUGGAUUGCUGGAUUUCAAAAACAAAUCCUUUAAAACAUAAGAAAAACAUUUAAAGAAUUGAAAAAGUUGCAAAAGAAUGAUGCAAAUAUAAUGUGCCUCGUAAUGCUCAACGCCAAGUUAGAAGAAAAUCGAGACUCCGUCAGUGGAAAUAUCCUAUGAGAAGCGCUAGGGAGCGUGUUGUUCGCAGGAAAACGAGAUCAUGGCGUGGAUUCUAACAAACAGAUCGGGACGUAGAGCCUAGGGUGUGCCACAUUUUGCGGUUGGGUAAGACUGGCUGACGACGGCUUAUAAGAGAGAAAUGGCCAUUCCAGUCUCCCUUGUCUUUGUCGGUAAUAUCAUGCUGCCAAGAGAAUGGGCCGCUGGGCAGCUGUUGGUAAGGCUCGAGACAGAUGGAAAGUCCAUAAGGGACAAGAGAAAGAGUGAGUUCCGUAAAAAAGGAUCGGCGAGCGCCCCCUAGCAUUGUAUAUUCCCCCAUCGAAAACCGACAGGGUGACGGACUAGUGGCUCAGUACUUAGAGGCGUGGACAUCUAACAAGCAUGUCGCGACUUGGGGUCUCGUGUGUACUACACUUCUUUGUUGCGUUUGACAGGCUAAAUCAACAAAAAAGCCAGAAAUGGCCAUUCCAGUCUCCCUUGUCUUUGUCGGUAAUAUCAUCCAGUAUAUAUUUUGCGCCGCUUUGCGUCUGCAGGUGUGGCUCGAGAGAUAGGGAAUGUCCGUAAGGCACAUGGAAAUGAGUGACAUCCAUGACAACUUACAGUGUGCGCACCCUAAAAUUGUACAUUCCCGAACGAAAACCGAUAGGGCGACGGGUUCGUGGCUCUGUGGUUAGAGACGUGGACAUCAAACAAAUAGGCCACGACUUGUAGCCUCGGUUGUGCCAAACAAUUGUUUUAGGUAUUACUGGCUGACGACGGCUUAAAAGACAGAAAUGGCAUUUUCAGUUUCCCUUGUCUUUCUCCGUUAUUUAAUUCUGUCUGUAUAUUUCGAUGUUCUACGUCUGAAUUUUUGGGAUCGGAAGAGAGAUUCCAUGUCACAAUGGAACGAGCGAGUUCCGUAAGAACGAUCAGUAAGCGCCCCCUAGCAUUGUAUAUUCCCCAUCGAAAACCGACAGGGUGACGGUCUAGUGGCUCAGUGGUUAGAGCCGUUGACAUCUAUCGAACAGGUCGCGACUUGAAGCCUUGAAUGUGCCACAAAUUAAAGUCGGGUAUGACUGUCUGACGACGGCUAAUAAGCCAGAAAUGGCAAUUCUGUUCUCCCUUGACUUUGACGGUAAUAUCAUUCUGCAUAUAGCAUGUGCCGCUGUACGCCUGCUGAUUGGGCUCGUGAGAGAGAGAGAGAGAGUCCGUAAGCCACAAGGGAACGAGUUGUAUCGUAAGUACGAUUAGCGUGUGCCCCCUACAUUUGUAUAUUUACGAUCGAAAACCGACAGGGUCACGUGUGCCUGGCUCAGUGGUUAAAGCCGUGGAACUCUAACAAACAGUUCGCGACUUGGAGCCUCGGGUGUGCCAACAUACGUUUUUGGCUAUUAAUGGCUGACGCUGGCUUUUAAGCCGAAAUGACCUUUCCAAUCUCCCUUAUCUUUCUCCGUAAUAUCAUUCUGCCUAUACCAUGCGACGCUGUGCGGCUGCCGGUUGGGCGCGCGAGAGAGAGUGAGUCCAUGAGGCACAAUCGAAAUAGUGAGUUCUGUAAGAACGAUCGGUGAGCGCCCCCUAACCUUGUAUAUUUUCGAUCGAAAUCCGACCGGGUAACGGGCUGGUGGCUCAGUGUUUAUAGGCGUGGACAUCUCACAAACAGGUCGCGACAUGGAGCCUGCUGAAUGGUGGCACUUGCUUCGCCAAGUUGGAUCUCGCUGAUGCGUAUCUUCAGAUCGAGGUCGCCCCAGAGUCGCGCGAAUUGUUGACCAUCAACACCCACCGCGGUCUGUUCCAAUACACCAGGCUGCCCUUUGGUGUCAAGACCGCCCCGGCCCUAUUCCAACAAACGAUAAACGCAAUGCUCUCCGGCAUCCCUGGCACAGCUGGGUACCUGGACGACAUCAUCAUCGUGGGUCGCUCCCCUGUCGAGCUGCAAGACCGAGUGUGCGCAGUACUUGAACGCGUGCAGGAAUAUGACUUUCGUCAACGAGCCGACAAGUGCCAAUUCUUUCUCGACUCCAUCAAGUAACUUGGAUUCGUUUUUGACGUCACUGGUCGCCAUCCAGAUCCUGAAAACAUUCGGGCCAUCCAACGGAUGCCUGCACCCAAGAAUGUAUCGAAACUCCGUUCGUUCCUUGGCCUGAUCAGUUACUAUAGCGCCUUCCUACCAUCGUUGCAUGACGUACGGGCCCCGCUCAACCGUCUGUUGCAGAAGGGUGCUCCUUGGUGGUGGUCCCCUGACUGUGAAAAGGCCUUCGCCCAGCUAAAGUCGAUGCUGAGUUCAGAUCUGCUGUUAACGCACUACGACCCGACGCUGCCGAUCGUUGUUGCUGCAGAUGCUUCCAACCACGGAGUUGGUGCUGCCAUCUCACGUACUUUUCAUGAUAGGUCUGAAAAGGCGAUCAUGUAUGCAUCUCGCACGCUAACUCCUGCGGAGAAGAACUACGGGCAAAUAGGCAAAGAAGGUCUAGCCCUCGUGUUUGCCGUCAAGAAAUUUCACAAACUGCUGUACGGUCGCCACUUCACGUUGUUGACGGAUCACAAACCAUUGCUGUCAAUCUUCGGUUCGAAGAAGGGCAUUCCUGUCUACUCAGCCAGCCGACUUCAGUGAUGGGCAACCAUCCUUCUUGGCUACGAUUUCGACAUUCGCUACUGUCGUACUACAGACUUUGGUCAGGCUGACGCCCUUUCUUGCCUCAUCAGCAAUCAGCAGGAACCGGAGGAAGAUACCGAGAUUGCCGCUAUUUCGAUUGAGGACGAUGUGCGCCGUCAGUUAUCAGACACCAAACGAGGUAUCCCUGUCACCGCUGCGGACAUCCGGCAUGCUUCUGAACAGGAUCCUGUCCUCCGUCAGGCCAUCACCAACGUGCAGACCUGCUGGCCAACCACUGCUCUCUAG